AUGGUUACUUCAACACAAACAGCAACUCAAACCAAGCGUAAGGGAGUCAAUUUCCAAGGAAAGAGAAAGGAAAGCAGACUUUGGGUCAGAGCUCGCGUCUUGGGUUUCAAGAGAUCAAAGGUUAGACAAUACGAAAAUACCAGUCUCCUCCAACUCGAAGGUGUCACCAGUUCAAAGGCUGCUCAAUUCUACGUCGGAAAGAGAGUUGCUUACCUCUAUAAGGGUGAAAACUCUUUGACCUCUGGUUCAAACACAUACAAGGGAUACAGAGUUGUUUGGGGUAAGAUCACCAGACCACACGGAAACUCUGGUGCUGUCAGAGCUAAAUUCAACCCACAAUUGCCAACAACUGCUAUUGCUCAAACUGUGAGAGUUUUCCUCUUCCCUUCAAACAUCUAA